UUAAAAUUCCAAAUAAACAAUAAUAUCGCCUCAGUUUUUAAGCUGAAAUAAAUUAUAUAAAACAUAUACGAUUUAUAUAUGGAUAAAGAUUGCCAACCCAGUACAUCGAAAUCAAUUACAAAUUUAAAUCAAGAUGAGACCGAAAAGAAAACAAAAGCCGGCACAGUCAAGUGGCAAUCACAUGAGGGAACGGGCACUGCUUUGGACUGUGUAGGCGAACACUUCGAUUCAAAGCUCGCUCUCUAUACACCAGAAUUUCAGGUAGCCAAGAAGCAGCCAAAAAUCAUCUUCCAAAAUUUUGCGGCUUAUGAAAGUGCUUUGACUCGUUUUGGUUGUGACAACAUGUUAAAAGAGGUAAAGAAACAGCAGCGCACAAUCGCGGAGAAGAAGUCCAAACCUACUAAAGUUGCAGUUGUUGAAGCUGCAUCAAUUGAGCGCCGGUUCGAACCACAUCAAAUGGCUAUACAAUCAACAGACACAAGGUACAAACGUCACUUAAGAAAUAUCUAUACGCACAUGGAGAAACUGACCGGCCCAUUGCAGCGUCUACAUACGUCUCUGUCGCAGAGCAGGGAACAUGUGAAAGUGCAAGUUAGAAAUGAGCAUGGCGUACGUGGCCACAUUGAAGGACAUUUAAAAUUUUUCGAUAAACAUUGGAAUAUGUUGCUGGUGGACGUUUGCGUUGUUUGGCAACGUAGAAAAUAUAAAUACGGCGUAAACAACACAAUGGGUAAAUCCAAAGACUGCACAAAAGAACUAAAAGCAUUAGGCAUAAAACUGCCGGAACUGAAAGUCAAAAGCCUCAACAGAAAGAAUGUACAAGUAACUAAACACUGUAGUCAGAUUCUCCUGCGUGGCGAAGAAAUUGUGCUGGUGCAAUUUAUCAAUGACGAAACGGAAGCCCAGGAGACAGUAGCUUAAGUACUUUUUAUUAAUUAGUUUAACUUAUUAAAUUA